AUGGCAUUUACUUCUUCUCCUGCCUAUGGUUCCCAAAACGACACGUUUUGGCGCAUCCUUCUCUUACUACAUUGUAUAUCUACACUAGUCCUCAUUACGAUCUCAACACCACCUGAAGAUCCUGUCAAGUGUGCGUCGGGAAACACGGACUGUACAGUCACCAACUCUUAUGGAACGUUUCCAGACCGGUCCACGUGUCGAGCCGCCAACGUGGCGUACCCAACAACCGAAGCCGAACUUGUCUCCAUCGUGGCUGCAGCCACUAAAGCCGGACGGAAAAUGCGUGUAACCACUCGUUAUUCCCAUAGCAUCACUAAGCUCGCGUGUACGGACGGGAACGACGGUUUGUUCAUAAGCACAAAGUUUCUAAACCACACGUUGCAAGCUGAUGCAGAGGCCAUGACCUUGACGGUUGAGAGUGGCGUGACGCUUAGGCAACUAAUCGCUGAAGCAGCUAAGGUUGGAUUGGCGUUGCCUUACGCACCGUAUUGGUGGGGACUGACCGUGGGUGGUAUGAUGGGGACCGGUGCUCACGGUAGCUCAUUGUGGGGCAAAGGAAGUGCGGUCCAUGAUUAUGUGACCGAAAUCAGAAUGGUUAGUCCUGGUUCGGUCAACGAAGGUUUUGCAAAGGUUAGAGUUUUAAGCGAGACUACGACUCCUAACGAGUUUAAUGCGGCCAAGGUUUCUCUUGGCGUUCUUGGCGUUAUCUCUCAGGUGACUUUUAAAUUGCAACCAAUGUUUAAGAGGUCGGUAAGGUAUGUUAUGAGAAAUGAUUCGGAUUUUGGGGACCAAGCCAUGACGUUUGGAAAGAAACAUGAGUUUGCGGAUUUCAUAUGGUUACCGAGCCAAGGCAAAGUAGUUUAUCGAAUGGACGAUCGAGUUCCGGUUAACACAUCGGGCAAUGGUUUGUUUGAUUUUUUGCCGUUCCGUUCACAACUCUCUGUGGCGUUAGCCAUCAUAAGAUCAUCAGAGGAGACGCAAGAAACGUUCAGAGAUGCGAAUGGGAAGUGUGCAGGAGCCACACUAAUUUCAUCUACACUGUUUGCUACCGCAUUCGGUUUGAGUAAUGGCAAUAUAUUUACUGGUUAUCCGGUCAUUGGAAGCCAAAAUCGUAUGAUGUCGUCGGGAUCAUGCUUAGACAGUCUUCAAGAUGGGUUAAUCACGGCGUGUCCGUGGGAUUCACGUAUAAAAGGCGAAUAUUUUCACCAAACAACUUUCAGUGUUCCUCUCACGCAAGUUAAAAGUUUCAUCAACGACAUCAAAUCUCUUAUCAAGAUCGAAAGGAAAUCUCUAUGCGGACUCGAGCUGUAUAACGGUAUUCUAAUGCGUUAUGUCACGUCUUCUCCGGCUUAUCUCGGUAAAGAAACGGAAGCUUUAGACUUUGACCUAACGUAUUACCGAGCCAAAAACCCGUUAACACCGCGGCUUUACCAAGAUUUCUUUGAAGAAAUUGAGCAGAUAGCGUUGUUUAAGUAUAAUGCAUUGCCACAUUGGGGUAAGAACAGGAACUUAGCAUUUGAUGGAGUGAUUGAAAAGUACAAGAACGCAGGUGCGUUCUUGAAGGUUAAGGAAAUCUAUGAUCCGUCCGGUUUAUUCUCAAGCGAAUGGACCGACCAGAUCCUAGGGAUCAAAGGGAACGUGACAAUAGUAAAAGAUGGAUGUGCAUUAGAGGGGAUGUGUAUAUGCUCGAAAGAUGCUCACUGUGCUCCGACCAAAGGAUAUAUGUGUCGACCAGGAAAAGUCUACAAAGAAGCUAGAGUUUGUACACGUGUCAGUGGAUUAAGUGUGAUUCAGUCAGUAAGUUAUUAA